CGUGGCCGGCUUCUUCUGCCCGGGAGGGGACGUCACUUCCACCGAAUCCCUGACCUGCUGCUAGGAUCGCGACGGGAACUGGAGCCCGAGGUCCUCGCGCGGCCCGGGCCUGGCGCCCUAAGGGGAAGAGCGGCCCGGCCGGAGGGCGCUGGGGUGGAGACUUUGACUCCAAUCCCUUCCCUAGCCAUGACGGACGGGAUCCUAGGGAAGGCAGCCACGAUGGAGAUCCCCAUCCAUGGGAACGGUGAAGCGGGGCAGCUUCCUGAGGAUGAUGGGCUGGAACAGGACCUCCAGCAGGUGAUGGUGUCGGGACCCAACCUCAAUGAAACCAGCAUUGUGUCUGGUGGCUAUGGGGGCUCUGGUGAUGGACUUAUCCCCACAGGGUCUGGCCGCCAUCCAUCUCACAGUACCACUCCUGCUGGCCCUGGAGAUGAGGUGGCUCGGGGCAUCGCUGGAGAGAAGUUUGACAUCGUCAAGAAAUGGGGCAUCAAUACAUAUAAGUGCACAAAGCAGCUGUUAUCAGAACGAUUUGGCCGAGGCUCCCGGACCGUGGACCUGGAGCUGGAGCUGCAGAUUGAGCUGCUGCGUGAGACGAAGCGCAAGUAUGAGAGUGUCCUGCAGCUGGGCCGGGCACUGACAGCUCACCUCUACAGCCUGCUGCAGACUCAGCAUGCACUAGGUGACGCCUUUGCUGACCUCAGCCAGAAGUCCCCAGAGCUUCAGGAGGAAUUUGGCUACAAUGCAGAGACACAGAAGCUGCUGUGCAAGAAUGGAGAGACACUGCUAGGGGCUGUGAACUUCUUUGUCUCUAGCAUCAACACGUUGGUCACCAAGACCAUGGAAGACACGCUCAUGACUGUCAAACAGUAUGAGGCUGCCAGACUGGAAUAUGAUGCCUACCGAACAGACUUAGAGGAGCUGAGCCUAGGCCCUCGGGAUGCAGGGACGCGUGGUCGACUCGAGAGCGCCCAAGCCACUUUCCAGGCCCAUCGGGACAAAUAUGAGAAGCUGCGGGGAGAUGUGGCCAUCAAGCUCAAGUUCCUGGAAGAAAACAAGGCUCAAGAAGGGCAUCUGAGUCCAGUCUCAGCUGACCCUGCUGGACCCCCAGAUCAAGGUGAUGCACAAGCAGCUGCUGCUCUUCCACAAUGCCGUGUCAGCCUACUUUGCUGGGAACCAGAAACAACUGGAGCAGACCCUGCAGCAGUUCAACAUCAAGCUGCGGCCUCCAGGCGCUGAGAAGCCCUCCUGGCUAGAGGAGCAGUGAGCUGCUCCUAGCCAAACCUGGCUAUCAAGGACAUUGGGAGAGGCAGUCCCAGGGUGGGAGAGAUUGGACAUGGGACAUCCCUUGCCACCAGCCCUCUGGCUUGGGUUCCUUUUCCCUGGCUGGGGCCUCACACCAGUUUUGCCCAAACUGCUGUGGUAGGGAGGGGGCCUGCAGGCCCAGCAGCUGCUGCCCUGUCCUUUAUCUUCCUGGCCACUGGGCUUCAUUCCCAGAUCUUUUCCUUCCACUCCAAAGCCAAAGGCUAUGACAAAACCACUCCCUGGCCAAUGGCAUUACUCCUCAGGCCUAUCCCCAGCUCCUGGGGUGUGCCCCCUGACCAAUGGCAGAGCCUCAAAAGGCCCUGUCAGCCAAUGGCAGCUCUUCUUGGGCUCCCCAGGGCCAAUGAUGUUGCCUCCAAUACCCUUUGUCCCUCCUCUAUGCGUCCCCAUUGCAGAGGAGGGGACUGGGACCAAAGGGGUGGGGAUAAUGGGGAGCCCCAUUUCUAGCCCUGCAUCUGAAUGGGCUUCCCCUCACCUACCCACCCAGUUUAAUUGUGCUUAGAGCCCUGGAAGAUUGGGACCUAGCACUAGGAAUAAACCUUUCAUAAAAGCA